ACAAAUAAAAUAUUUUAAAAAAAGAAUUCGACCAAAACUUUAUAUCUGCAAGAUAGAAUUGUUUUCAGAAGAUAAUUUAAUAUUUAGCUUCAAUCUGAUUUUUUCCGUCUGGUUAUGGAGAAGAGAAGACGAGAAGAGAUGGUAACGGAGAUAGAGACGGCAGCUGAGGACCUGAUGCAGCUAAGCGACGAAGAGAUUAGCUUCAAAGUAAUCAAGAAGAAGAAGAUUGAAGAAUUAUUCGGUGAAGAUGAUACUCAUGAAGACCAAUGCACGAAAGAAAGGGUGAUCUUGAGAGUAACGUCAUCGAAGAAGAAGGAGAAAAAAAUUAGGACGCUCGAGAGCAUUUACAUGGCGACACGACCUAUCAGGGUCGUGAUAAGAUGAUGAUACAACUCUCUUAGGUUCGAUAUUUUAGGGUUCUAUUGUUAUCACAUUAUAGUGGUCUUCUUUGAGCAUUUACAUGGCGACGAGACCUAGCUAGACAUUAUGAUCUAUAUUUGAGAAUUUAUAAUUAUUUCAAAGAAGAAUAUGAAUGAAUGUUAAAUGAUUUAAAGAGAUAAGCUUUGUAUCGUAGUAUAUA